AGUUCUGGAGAAUUAGGGUUUAACAUCAAGAGAGAAAACAAUGGAGAACGAAAAUCGAAACAGAGAGUCGAUGAUGCCAUUGGAGAAGAGAGAGAUGCCGACCACCAAAAACAAGAAAAGAAUGCUGGCGACGCCGAAGUAUCCAACACCGCCUCCGUCGCCUCGGAACAAAAAACGAACGAGGUUCGUGAAAAACAUGGAACAAUCAUCACAGACAUCAAGCCCAAGUCUAUCUGAAAGUUCCGAGUACAGGGAGAAGAAAAAGAAAACAAGGAAAAAGGCAAAGCUGGACAAAAGGCUGAAAAAAUUAAACAAGAAAAUCCGUAAGCUGACUUUUGCAGUGGAAAAACUAACCCAUGUUUUCAGUUUGAGUAAAUUUGAAAUGUUCAACUAAGUAACCAUUGAAAAUAUUUCUUCUGGAUCUAUUUAACUGUUGACUGUCAUCUGUGAUUAAUUGCUCUUA